CCAGCAUUCAGGUAGAGAACCCUUAAACCUGGCGGGGAUAUGUUAUCUUGAGCUCGGUGGAUGCUCUAUUCGACCGCGAGUUUCGCAAGCUCUCGGAGAACUCCCGAUACGAGAACAGGGUCUAGCUUGCGGUCAUACUCAGGACCGGGUGAACGGACGGACGUCCCUUCACAGGCAGCGCGUGUGACCGCGUUUUUGAUUAUUUUUCUUUUGACGGCGAACAAGACUAGGGUUACAGGGUAUUGCCGCCAACAUACCGUAUCGUCGCGACUCGCGCCUCGUAGGGUGUGGGGUGAUGUCGCUUCUCAAAAACGAAAUCCCGACACGUCGGAACGGACGAGGCGAGAUGGUGUUAGAAAAUGAAUCAAUUGAGUGGGAUGAU